AGGAGCCGUGUGUAUAUAUAUCCACUCACUUGGGCCACUGCCCAUACAUCCGCUCUGCCACCAAACCUGGAAUACUAACAAAAACGGAUCUAGCACCACUGCUUUCAAAAUACAGUACAGACUCAAGGACCACAUCUUGGUGCAACAGACAGCUGAGGAAGAAAGUUAAGGGUCUUUAACCACACCAAAAGUUCAAAAUCAAAAUGGGCAAUGAAGUGUCAUCUCACAAGAAGAAAAGCCGAAAGGGUAAGGCUCAAAAUGGCGAUCUUAAUGGUCAUGCUGGCAAUGCCUCCUCCAAUGGCCUGACUGAAACAGGCUUGAUUUUUCUUGUAGUGACCACUGAGGUAACUGUUGAGACGACCACUGAGACUUCUACCUCAACAAAAACAAGUCCUGCUCCCAUAGCAGAGGCCACUAACGGUAGCCAGACUGAUGAAGAAGUUCAGGAGCAAUCCUCUGACAAAGCUGCAGCAGAACAACCCAGUGAUGCUGUACACAUCACCCAGGAAGGAGAAGAAUCAAAGUCACCUGGAGGAACUAAGACCAACUUUUUCGACAAACUUUUCCACAAAAAGAGUGACACAAAGCCUGUGGAGGUUGACGUUGAAAUCCAGUCAAAAGAAAUUACCUUACCUUACCUUGACCAGGUUGAUGCAGAAGAGGUAACCAGUGACCUCAAGUCUGAGCCUGUGGACAUAAAGGACAGUACAGAGCUUGAACUGUCAGAGAGGGAGCCUCUCCACCCCUGUCCAACCGACACAGAACAGAACCAAACGGAGGAAAAUCCAGUUAUGAACUUUUUUAAAACACUUGUGGCUCCAACCAAAACUCCCAAAGAAGCCACAGCAAGUUCUGAUGUUACAAAAGUCCAGUCACUGAAAGAAACCACAGAGACAAAAGCACCAGCAAAUGUACAGGAAGUGGAUAUAGCGAAAGGGAAGAUGGCCCCACCUCCGCCGCCAGAGCCACCAAAGUUGGAGGUCAAGAUUGAGCCAACAGUUAAGAAAGAGGAGCUACAGGAUGAAUCUAAGGAUACAGAGACAGGCACCAAACCCAAAGCUGCCAAAGAAAGCGCCUUUAGCAAAUUCUUCCGUCCAAAGGCAGUUGAGGAGGCAGCAGCACCUGUGGAGGUAGAGGUAGUUGAGGAGGCAGCAGCACCUGUGGAGGUAGAGACUGAUGCUUCCAAGACUGCCACCCUAGAAGCCUCUGCUAAACCAGAACCUGCCCCAGCAGUCAAAGAGGAGGAGACGAAGGCUGAAAAGAAGCCCUCAACUUUUGGAUCCAUUUUCAAACCUAAAGUAUUGCUAGACCAAGUGACCGCUAAGAUCCAGGCGGUGGCCUCAUCUAGUGGAAUUGGUCGUGCUGCAAAGUCAGCUGGACGGGCUCAAGAGCCCACAAAGGACUCCACUCCUGCUGUGGUUGCCAGCCCUGACCCCCCCCAGGGUGGUGCAAAGGCCAAAGAACCGGCCAAAGCUGCUCCGCCCAGCGCCCCUCCAGCCCCUCCAGCCCCCCCAGCCCUCCCAGCGGACAAGUCUGUGGAGAGCGCUGAGAAUGCAUCCCCAACGGUUCCCCGCAGAGAAAAAAGGAACUCCAUCCAGCUGUUCUUCAAGAACCUGGGGCAGAAGCGACCUUCUGAUGCAGGAGUACCAACGGAAGCUGCUGCACCUUCUACAGUUGAGAAGGGCAAAUAAACCUUCAUCUGCCCAUUUGUUUACUCAAUAUAAUAUAUAUAUAUAUACACACAAACACACGUUCAAUGAACUUUUGCAUUCAUACAGAGAUAUAUUUAUUAUUUAAAUUUUGAUCUGAUACCACCUUAAGAAUGCAGGUGUAGGAUUUAUUGGUUGGUUCAUAUACAGAAAGUGGAAUUUUAAUGAAAGUGGCAUAAGAUCUUUUCAUAAAUCAUGCAAAAUCAUCUUUUUGAAAAGGGCCAUGUACAAUGGAAUGGUAGGGACCCAAGAUGGAAUGGAGGAUGGAGUUUUUAAUGAUUAUUUUAGGUUUGAGGGAUUUACAGGAGGUAGUGUGUUCGUACGUUUUCUGUUUUAUGGUAUGACAUGAGAUACUGUCUGUAAAAGUUUACCAUUUUAAGAAGUUAUCUUGUUUUGACAUGCUUCAUUGUUUAACAUGGAUUUAAAUGAUUAACAUGCUGAUGUAAGAGCAGCACCCAAUAUGCAUUAAAAUUUCAAUGACAUGAACUGAUCAUUUUCUUUGACAUACAUUACUUACACAAUCUGGAUCUGGAAGUGCCUUCAAAUACAAUCUAUCACCAACAUGAUUCCUCAGUACCAUAUGCUAGAUAAUACAAAUGUUUUUAGAGAACACAUACUCAGAGUUGAUGAGGGCAUGCCAGCCAAUUAAGAUGGAAACAGAGGAUUGCACUUUAUGGUUUAAGAGUACACGUUUUGUAGGACUUUUGACAAUAGUAGACUAAUUCAGUGAGUUUCCAGAGACACAGCCAUGCCGUUUGAUAAGCCUCAAAAGCCCUUAAGCAACUCACACAUUCUGAAAACACAUGCACAUUUAGUAGUGACAUCAUGGUGAAAUAUGUUGUUUUUGUUUCUGAUUACUUGCCCAUUUUAGGAAUAGGCAUUUGGAUGUUGCAUGAAAUAUUUAGUGUAGAAAAAUGAUGAUUACAUUGUUCUUGCCAAGAAAAGCCUGUAAAAUACUGAUGUUGUAUUCAACCACCACUGUUGAUAACUAAAUAAAUUAGUACCUUCUCUCUCA